UGGUACAGAGGCUACUUGACAAGGAACAAAGCCCAGCAGGGAGUGUUCCCGGUCAGCUUAGUCCAUCUUAAGGAGGUCAUCGUUGAAAAGCGAGGAGAUGAGGAAGUGGUGAUGUCUGCAGAGAUGCCUUUGGUCAAGGAGGUGACCACCACACUGCGGGAGUGGGGCAGCAUAUGGAAACAACUGUUUGUGGUACAAAUAAAGCCAAUAAAAGCCAACAAACACGUGCGUGUGAAGCAGAUCCAGAGGCUCAUGUGGGAGUUGAUGGAGUGGCGUUCUCAGCUGCUGUCUGGGACAUUGCCUAAUGAUGAAUUCAAGGAGCUCAAGCAGAAAGUUACUUCCAAGAUUGAUUAUGGCAACAAGGUUCUAGAGCUGGACCUUGUCGUACGAGAUGAAGACGGCAACAUCUUGGACCCCGAAAGAGCUAAUGUCAUCAGUCUCUUUAGGGCACAUGAGGAGGCCACAACCAAGAUAAAUGAACGCAUUAAAGAGGAACAGUCCAACAUCCAGACAGACCACAGUGGCAUCUCGGCGCGGAUCCAGUCUUCGCCCACCCACAGCCUCUACGUCUUUGUCAGGAACUUCGUCUGCCGCAUCGGAGAGGAUUCUGAGCUCUUCAUGUCCCUCUAUGAUCCCAUCAAGCAGACCAUCAUCAGUGAGAACUAUUUGGUUCGCUGGGGCAGCAGAGGUUUCCCAAAAGAGAUUGACAUGCUGAACAACCUGAAGGUUGUCUUUACAGACCUGGGGAACAAAGACCUGAACAGAGAGAAGAUUUAUCUGAUCUGUCAGAUAGUGAGAGUUGGCAGGAUGGACUUGAAAGAAACAAACCACAAGAAGAGCACUCAGGGCCUCAGGCGGCCUUUUGGGGUGGCAGUGAUGGACAUAAGUGACAUUAUCAAAGGGAAGAUUGAAUGCGAUGAGGAGAAGCAGUUUUUCAUCCCCUUCUUU